GCAGUAGCGUGUUUUGUGACAUUUAGUUGGGCACUGCCAGUUAGUACGACCUUUGCAACGCCCACUGCAACACUAUGAUAUUCGUGUUACUUGCAGGUGUCGUGGUAUUCCUGUCAGUCGUAUGCGAAGGCCAACGCCUGAACAGUAUUGCGGGUCCAUUCCGCGUCAUACCAGGCCACGCAGAGCACUGUCCAAAGCACCUGUUUGGAAAGAAAGGUGAAAUCGGUUGGUGGAAUUUCGCAUUUCUGCGGGAUAGACAAGAUACCAACCUGUUCUAUGUUCUCGGAAACUUUACGACUCUCUACUGGUGGGGCGAUCAUCUGCAUGUCGAAUUGGCAUUCUCUUCGUGGUCGUCACGAGGUGGUUGGAAAGAAAACGCAUUUAAUUUUAAGGUGAAACGCUUGUGCAAAAGUGCCAAAAUGUACUUUGCUAGGCAGUGGAAGAAUGCCCAGCUUGCUAUACAUCCGAACAAUGCUUCAGCGGACUGUCCUUUUCCACCAGGCAUGUAUAAAGUUCGUAACUGCACUGUAGACUUGGGCAUGACGAAUCAGUUCCCGGCUUUCUUCUACGGCAAAUGGCGCAUUGAUGGCAGAAUUAUCGAAGUGGAGAAUAACACCGGAUGUGUAUCAUGUAUGAGGGUCUUUGUGGAAACGGUACCAGUGGUCAACGCAGCGAAAGGCAAAGCUGGUACAAUGGGUGGGGCAGAAACCGUUAAAGGCUACCAAAACAACAGCGAUACGAAUGUGGACUUCACUCCAAUCGAAGUACCCAAACGCUGACUUUUUUAGGUGAGACACAACCAUGGCAGCUGAUGUUGCUGGAUAGCUGCCCGAAACUUUUACACCAUUAUUAGAGAGGCAGUACAGGACCAACAAUUUGAUUUGUCAUUGCAUCAUAGCAGAACUUUUCCUGCGUCCGAGUGCCAUAUUCUGAUAUUGAUACUUAUAGUGGAAAAUUGUUAGGCUUGAGAAAGUCCACUAGUUCCGGAAAUCGAAAUACACCUUCAAUUACUAAUUUUGAUAAAUUUUUAACAACAUUUCUACAUGGCUUUUCGAAGGCUGGUGUGAUGCAUUCAUUAACAAAUUUAGAGGAUUUGACAUAUUGAAUUUAUUUGACUCAUUUACUAAUUCCA